CUUGCUAUGAUCGUCGAUCACCCGUCCCGCGACAAUCUCAUCCUUUGCUUCUGCUAGACUGCUAGCUAGACGCUUGACUAGCCGAUAUGUGCUUUGACACGUCAAUCAUGUCUCCGAUGCCAUCCUAUGCAAGUCCUAUGGGCCUUCGCCGUAACGCAUCCACCGACCGGUCGACCCUUCUUAUAUCCGAAGCUUCCCACUCGCCAAACAGGCAGACAUCGUUUCACCUCAUGGCCCAUUUUGACUACCGACUCCUCAAGGCUCAGAAGACGCCGAGUAUAGGAGAAUGAAUACGAAGAAGAUACCCUUUUGCUUGGGGCGGUCCGCGCCGAUAGAGCCCUCCAAUGCGAUUGCGCGCCAGGCGGGGAACUGCGGGGUGCCCAGGAAGCGUCUUCUGGCAGGAGGCUACCUUCGAGCGAAAGACUGCGUAAGGUCUACCGAGUACACAACACCAUUCUUCAUGCUCCCGGCCUGUAGGAAGGUCGAGCGCGCGCUCCCCGCUUGCACUCCUAACCGCCAACCUGGCCCGACAUCUUUCUUUACUCCGCCAAAGCAUCCCCCAUGGCUACGGCUGAUUUACGACAGACCAAAAUCCGAUUACCGUGCCGACAGCGGAACGACUUCUACUCCCACCAACGCUUAUCGC